AUGGUAUAUAUUGAUGAUGUUAAUAUAUACUUCACAUCUUUCAAGCAACACAUACUAGAUAUACAAGAGGUGUUCGAAUUAAUUCGACAAGCUAAUCAUCAAAUUAAUCCAAAGAAAUACCACUUUAGCAUCAAUAAAAUACAAUUUCUUGAAUAUGUAGUGGGAGUUGAUAGAAUCAAACCAGACUUUCAAAAGAUUGAUAAACUAAACAAUCUUCCUCUUCUUAAAACUAUUACUAACUUUGA